AUUCAUCAUGAAUUUCUUUCUGGAAACGCUGCAAGUCAUUSUUCUGUCUCUUUGGUUCAAUUUGGAAGCUUUGAUUUACUUCUUUGUGCCAAGAAGGAAAAAGAACAUUAGUGGAGAAGUGGUUCUGAUCACAGGGGCAGGCAGUGGGAUCGGUCGUCUCAUGGCCCAGGAGUUUGCGGCCCUCGGUACUGUUCUUGUGCUGUGGGAUAUUAACGAAGAGGGAAUGAAGGAAACCGCUCGUCUUGUCAAAAGCAGAGGAGCUACCAGAGUCCAUUAUUACAUCUGUGACUGCAGUGACAAGAAGGAGGUUUACAGAGUCGCUGAACAGGUGAAGCGGGAAGUGGGGGACGUCAGUAUACUGGUAAACAAUGCUGGAAUUGUGACUGGAAAGAAAUUCAUGGAUUCUCCAGAUUCUCUGAUUGAGAAGACCAUGGAAGUAAACACAAUGGCUCACUUUUGGACCUACAAGGCCUUUCUUCCUGCUAUGAUCGCCAACAAUCAUGGUCAUCUUGUCAGCAUUGCCAGCUCUGCUGGRCUCAUAGGAGUCAAUGGAUUGGCAGACUACUGUGCCAGUAAGUUUGCAGCUGUGGGGUUUGCAGAGUCUGUCGGCCUGGAGCUGCUGGCAAUAGGGAAGACUGGAAUCAAGACCACUAUUGUGUGCCCUUACUUCAUCAACACAGGAAUGUUUGAUGGAUGUCAAACCAAGUGGCCUAGAAUCCUGCCUAUCCUGAAUCCAGAGUCUGUAGCCAAGAAGAUUAUUCAUGCUGUACUUACAGACCAGGUCUACCUGUUAUUACCAAAGAGCAUGUAUUUCAUAUCUGGUCUAAAAAGCAUCCUGCCCACGAAGCAGGGCCUUCUGCUGGGGAAGUACCUGGGAGCCUUCAGCCUGAUGGACACCUUCAGGGGACGCUCUAAAAAACAGGAAUAAGAUCAUGAAGAAGCCAUGACUGAACUGAAAGGACAGAAACUUUAAUGUCAGGCCUGUUCACAGCUAAUUAUAAUAUUCUUACAUUCAUCAAAUAGCAUGGAUUUAGCAUAACACAAAACUGAAUGUUUGAUCUUGUCWUUGUUUCAAUUUUCAAGAUUAAGAUUUUUGUGGCGUCUGAUGUUUUAAUGAAGGUUUUGUUUUUAUAACAACACACAGCUUACAAUGUUUUGAAGUGUUUCAGUGAUGCUAUGGGAUAUUCUUUCUUCAAAUAUUCAGACACCUUGAAAUUCAGCCAACAAAUGUUUUUAUGUAUGACCUGAAGUCUGCUUGUUUUAUCAAUGCAAUGAUAAAAAAAGAAGUCCAUUUUAA